AUGUCUGUUCUUAUCUGUCUCAGUCUGUUCAUAUCUAUCUAUCUAUCUAUCUAUCUAUCUAUCUAUCUAUCUAUCUAUCUAUCUAUCUAUCUAUCUCAGUCUGAUCCUAUCUAUCUAUCUCAGUCUGAUCCUAUCUAUCUAUCUAUCUAUCUAUCUAUCUAUCUAUCUAUCUAUCUAUCUAUCUAUCUAUCUCAGUCUGAUUCUAUCUAUCUAUCUAUCUAUCUAUCUAUCUAUCUAUCUAUCGUGGUCUGGUUUCCUAUCUAUCUAUCUAUCUAUCUAUCUAUAUAUCUAUCUAUCUAUCUAUCUAUCGUGUGUAAGCUGACGCCAUAUGGGCACAAUUAUUUCGCUAUAUUUCAUGAUGUCCGCUUCCAGCUAGUCAACCAGCCCAGUUCAGUAACGCGGAUGGUACAUAGAACAAAGACGUCAUUGAAAGAGAAACGGCUUUCGUCUCGGUGA